AGUGCGCGUGUGCAAUAGCUCAAUUCGCCCUUGCACUCCGAAACAACGAACAUUUUCGUAAAAUCUACAAAACGCAGUCCACUCCGUUCGUAUCAUAUAGUUUUGGGAGCAGAAAACGGUAUUGAAACCAAAUGUUUCAUCGAUGAGAAAAUGUCCAUAAUGUUGGCAAAAAUUAAUCUGCUCAAUAUUCUCCCACUGUCUAUUGGGCUUCCUCUCACCACCAUAUGUGGUAGUGAGUGGAUACGCCAACCGAAUGCUUCACACUUAUACAUUCGCUGAAAUAUCUGUCUCAUUGUUCUAUCUGUGGUUUUAUGGGACGUUGACGGGUUGUCACUAGUUACUACAGCUACAAAGUCAAUAUUGUCUGUAUCGUAAAAAUGAAUGAAAACAAAAAAUAGCUUUUUGAUCUUAAUUUAAGGUUAGCAGUGUGGUUAAGAUUAGGUUUAAAAUCAGAUUUUAAGGAAAUAAAUAGGCGAUGUUGGUGUUUAUCCAUAAUUAUGACUUUGUGACUGUGAUGAUUUUACUGACGACCCCCCCGGAUGUUAUGGUGAUGACCAAAGGCGAAGCCGCUCGCUAGACAUUGAACUAUGUUAGUGGAAGACUGACACCAAGGGCACAAAGAAACAUCGGACUUAUUACUUUGCAUUGAGGUAUGGCUCUGAUCUGAGGUGAGAGGUGCUGGACAUGGCUGAAAGGAUUGACAUUGGCGAAAUGCCCUCCUUUGACCUGGUUCCAAGUGCUGAAGCAAAGAAGCGACCCAAUUCAUCAGAUGGCAGAGAAGAGCCAAUGAGGAAAAUGCCGGUGUCCAAAUUUGGUUCCAGACCACGAUUUGAGCCUGUGCACUUUGUUAGUGGUGGCAGGUCUGGCAAUGAUGAGAAGGAGAAUGACAAGGAGCGCCGUAGGAGUGAGGUGAACAGUGUGAGACAGUGGGACUCAGACUCUGACCGUCCCUCUUAUGGCAGCAACCGAGCUCCAGACUCCUCUGCAGCUAGGCCUGCGUUCGACAGAGUUUCAUCAUACGGUUCUUCUGACUCUUGGCGGGAUAGAGAAAGAGAUAGAGACAUACCCUCAGGUAGUACAAGUGGUUUAGGUCAUGGAAGCCAAGGAUCCGCCUCAAAUUAUAUGACUAAAAUGCAGCAGGACUACUCGGCCAGAUACGAGUUCCACAGCACUAGGCAUCCGGACACAUACACUCAUGCCCCUAGAUUUGAUGGAUAUGGAGGGGGCAGUCGAUCAGGGGGCUGGGGGGAUUCAGGACGCCAAGGCCUUGGCUUCAGGCAGCAGGACAGACCCACAUCCAGCAGACCAUUCAGCAGAGUCUACAGCAGCCCAGGGAGGAGCAGCCCCUCAUCUGUCUCUGGGUCUUCUUCACAACCCAUCCCCAUAUCUCAAGCCGUGCUGGAUGAAAAGCAAAGGCUGAUCAAUAGUGUGGCAUCCGCCAUAGCUGUCACUUUAAGAGACCCUGCGUUCAUGUGUGGAGCUGAAUCUCCUAACUACAAUUUCAUGCUGAGCCGUAGCAUCCAGGCCUGUAAAACAAAUCCGGAGUAUGUCUAUGUCAACCUCAAGGAUAUCCCUCCAGCAGACCUACCCAAGAACAGGAAAGUACCGACUGAUGGCUAUGCCUGUGAGCUGAGAUGCCAGUGUGUUUACCUUGCUACUGGCUACUCUGGCAGCAAAAACGGGGCCAGGGACCGUGCUUCUGAGCAGGCUAUGAAGCUUUUCUUUAAACUGGUGGAGGUCCGUGUAGUGCAGCGCAAAUUCAAACACUCCUUGGUCAAUGAUAUUGUGGUCUGCCAAACGCACUGCCCUACCCCUGCGUUUCUACCGGCACUGCGUAACCCAGAGGACAAGCCUACGCCUAGCUCCAAGGGUCAAUACGAGCCUGACAAACGCAAGCACUGGACAGAUUUUGUCGUUGUUGACAACGCUCAUGAUGCCAUCUGCAUUCUUAACAACUCUGCCGCCUUCAACCGCAUGAAGAUUGACUACAAGUUCGACGUGGUCCCCAACAGCAGUGCAUGGCAAUGUAGCGUGUACUUGCAGGAUGCACUGGUGGCACAGGCCAGGGGAAGUAAGAAGACGUCUAAACAUACAGCAGCUGAAGAGGCAGUGAGGAAACUACGCAUGAACCAGGCAGCCCGGCAGCAGCAACAACAACAACCACAGCAGUUCUCUCGAGGGAACCAUCACUCUGACCCGUCGGGUGGUCGUUUCGGUAACCAGGGUGGUAGGAAGAAACACUUGAGCGAACUGGUCAUCCUGGAGAACUCGGACAAUGCCAUCUGCAUCAUCAAUGACACUGCCCAGUUCAACAAGGUAUCUGCCGAUUACAAGUUCACAGUGCUACCAGACCACCGCUGGAGGUGUGAGGUGUUCCUGGAGGGUCAAUACGUAGCGGCAGGCAUCGGACCCAAGAAAACGGUGAAGCACAUUGCAGCAGAGGAGGCCCUGGCCACACUCCGGCAAACACAGGCUGUGGUGAAAUCCAACCUCAGGAAGGAGGGUAAUGCUGACGCCCUCUCUCGCCACCAGAUUCUGACUCGCUCUGGUGAAGAGUCCUCGAGACAGGAGAUCAAGGAGGACAAUAUCGGGAAUCAGCUACUCCGCAAGAUGGGCUGGAAGGGUGGCGGAUUGGGCCGGGAAGGGGAGGGCAUCUCUGAACCCAUCAAGGUCAAAGAGCAAUUCUCCAGAGAGGGACUGGGUAUGGACAUGGACAAGUCUGGGAAUCAGCUCACCAAACGGAACAUAGAGGACAUCAUCCGUAACUAUGCCAGUUCAGACCGCCAGGACGACCUGCGCUUCUCCACUGAGCUCAACAAUGAUGAACGUAAGCAGAUCCAUCAGAUAUCCCAGAAGUAUGGCCUGCGUAGUAAGUCAUACGGCCAGGGCAGGCUGCGCUUUCUCAUCGUCAGCCGCAAAGUGCACAAAGACCAGCUCAUUGGCCAGCUCCUGCAGGAAGGGCAGGUGGGACGCUACGAGCUGGUGAAACCUCAGGCCUCACACUGACUGGAUAUGUUAUAGCUCCAACAAUACUUACCACAAAAAAAAAUCACACCUGAUCUGAGAAAAGUUUCUGAAUGUAAAAUGUUUCAAUCUUCUAGGCUUGUCUUUUGGAGAAACACUUGUGGUUUCUGCAUUCCUUUUCAUACAAUUGCAUAUUUUCUGACAUUGUAUCAACGCUUCUUGUGUCAUUCCAGUAUUUUGUCUUCUGUCAGCUUCAAAUUUGCACAAUAUGCUAGUCUUGAACUGCUUUGUGCUGUUACGGUUGAUUAGUGUUGUAUCUUUUGACAGAAAUCCUCAAUUUUUAGCAAAUGUUUUUCAUGGCUACAGAAAUAGCCUUAACCAGCAGAAUGCCUGCCAUUUCACCUUCACAAAAGUUUCAUUAGAAAUGUAUAUACCGUUGGCAUCACCUCAGGUGAUGACAGGUGUAAACAUCUAACUAUGUGCUGACAUUGAAACAUCCCUGUCACAAUACUUGUAAUGCCCCCCCCCUCAGAUAGUUGAGAAGAUUUACAAAUAAACUGCUUCCAUGACUUGAAUUUGAUCUUUGUCACAUGGUAAAAGUGCAAGCUGUGAUCCCUUUGGAAUGUCAGAUGUAUAAGCCUGUGUGAAUACAGUUCACUCGUCUGCUUGUUUUCACAGCUGUAAUAACGCUAAUUAAUAAAUUAAGUCUACUGUCUGGACUUCAA